AAACACUGCUGUGCCAUCGUGCCGCUCUUUCGCUGCGCACUGUACAUCCCCACCACUGAUUUGCCCGGAGAGGAAGCUCUGCAGGAGGGAGAUAACCAUCUUAAAUCUGUUUUGCCCACAGACAAUGGCGAAGUCACUGUCCUGCAGGCAGGAAGGCACGAGUUCCCCUUCACCUUCCAGCUCCCCGAGACCCUGGCUACCUCCUUCGAGGGAAAGCACGGCAGCGUGCGCUACUGGGUGAAAGCCAAACUGCACCGACCCUGGUCGACAGUGAAGAAGGUGAAGAAGGAGUUCACCGUGAUCGAACCCAUCGACAUCAACACGCCCGCGCUGCUGGCUCCCCAGGCAGGUGCUAAGGAGAAACUUGCUCGUGCCUGGUACUGCAACCGUGGCCAGGUUUCUGUGACUGCCAAGAUUGACCGAAAAGGCUACACACCAGGUGAGGUCAUCCCUAUCUUUGCUGAGAUUGACAACUGCACAAGCCGAGCGGUGGUGCCCAAGGCGGCCAUCAUCCAGACUCAGACCUUCAUCGCUCGGGGCACCAAGAAACAGAAGAAAUCGGUGGUGACCAGCAUUGUCGGUGACUCCAUUGCGGCGGGGAAGCGGGAAGUGUGGCACGGGCGGGCGCUGAAGAUCCCGCCUGUGGGUCCAUCCAUCCUUCAGUGCCGCAUCAUCCAGGUGGAAUACUCCCUGAAGGUUUGUGUGGAUAUUCCUGGGACAUCCAAGCUGCUCCUUGAACUGCCACUUGUCAUCGGAACCAUCCCGCUGCAUCCCUUUGGGAGCCGCACAUCCAGUGUCAGCAGCCAGUACAGCGUCAACCUAGACUGGCUGAGCACCAUCCCGGAGCAGCCGGAGGCUCCCCCUGAAUACUCGGCAGUCGUGUCCAGCCCAGAGGCCGAGCAGAGCCUGGCUCCGCCGUGCCGCAGUGAACUUGGCGGCGUCCUGGAAGGUCCCUUCUUUGCCUACAUCCAGGAGUUUCGCUUCCGACCACCUCCGCUGUAUUCGGAGAUUGAUCCAAACCCCCCCUCAGACAGCAUCCGCCCGCGCUGCAUGACCUGUUGA